AUGGAAGCAGACUGGAGGAGAAUUGACAUCGAUGCAUAUGAUCCGGAGAGCGGUAGGCUGACUGCUGCCGAUCUAGUACCACCAUAUCAAACCACCGUCACAUUACAAGAAUUACAACCUCGAAUGAAUCAAUUGCGCUCACUAGCUACAAGUGGAGACUCUACGGGGGCCGUUCAAUUGCUCACAACCGAUCCUCCAUACAGUGCAGACACUGCGACAAAGGAGCAGUACUUUGGAAGCGUUCUUGAGGCAUUGACGCAAGUUAGACAAGCCGAUAUUGGCAAUGUAAUCAAAACCUUGAGUGAUUCUCAGAAGGAUGUGCUGGUGAAAUAUCUCUAUAAAGGAAUGUCUGUACCCCAGGGUCAGAAACAAGGGGGGAUCUUGCUUGCUUGGUUGGAAAAAGUCACUCAAGUAAGUGGUGUAACACCUAUCGUUCAUUAUAUAUCGGAUAGAAGAACCGUAUGA